AUACAAAUCAAUCAAAAAAACGUGAUAGUUUUUUAAGAAGAAAUACUAUUCAAAAGAUAAAUCCCGAAGUUUACGCUGUUCUCGGUUCUAGAGAUUAUGAUGGUUUCGAUCAUCCUUUUAUCGAAUUUGUCUCGGAAAAAGUUAUUAAUAUUAUGAACACUUAUUGUAAUAUUAAAUCUCCUGAAAAGUUAAUCAAAAUUAAUGAAUCAGCUUCUGAAGUUGUUCAUAGUGUUAUAACCGUUUUUUAUUUUAGAAUGCAAGCUCAAGAACCUGCUUCUCAAUUUCAAUGGAUUGAAAAUGGAAUUAAAAUUGAUUCGGAAACGAUGAAAAGUGUUUGGGAGUCUAAAUUCGAUGAAUUUACUACUGAUAUUUGUUAUUUUCCUUUAAUUGGUAGAAAAUUAGUUAAUCAACAAAAAUUAAAAGUUUACACCAAAGCAAAG